AUGUCAUCCAGUAACAGGAACUACGAUUUCUUGAUCAAGCUGCUGCUGAUCGGCGACUCGGGCGUGGGCAAGUCGUGCUGCCUGCUCCGCUUCAGCGAGGACUCCUUCACACCGUCGUUCAUCACAACCAUCGGUAUCGACUUCAAGAUCCGUACGAUCGAGCUCGAUGGCAAGCGCGUGAAGCUGCAGAUCUGGGAUACCGCCGGCCAGGAGCGCUUCCGCACCAUUACCACGGCCUACUACCGCGGCGCCAUGGGUAUCCUGCUGGUCUAUGAUGUGACGGAUGAGCGCUCGUUCAACAUCUCCACGGAGCGCGGGCAGGCCCUGGCCGACGAGCUGGGCAUCCCCUUCCUCGAGGUCUCCGCCAAGACGAACUACAACAUCGAUAAAGCCUUCUACAGCCUCGCCGCCGACAUCAAGAAGCGCUUGAUUGACAACCAGCAGAAGCAGGAACAGGCGGCAGCGGGUAAUAACGUUAACGUUGCGGGCCAGGGUGGGGGAGAGGGGAGCGGGAAGUGCUGCUAA